GUCUGCAGACACAGAUGUCAUGUGAAAACGCACAUGCUCGCUUUUUCGAACUGCCGAAGACUGUUAAUAAAUUCAGAUUUUCCGCAACCUAAGCUCGCUGGAAUGCUUUUACGUUGCAGUUAAUAUCCUCUGGCGUUGAGGUCGAAGUUAUAUCGAGGAUCUGGUUUUUCCAUUUUUUUCCCUUAAUGUUUGCAUAUUCAUGAGUGCUGUGCGAAGAGAGUCGCCACCAUGCGAGCCCAAAUUGAAGUGAUACCAUGCAAAAUCUGUGGAGAUAAGUCUUCUGGAAUUCACUAUGGUGUCAUUACGUGUGAAGGUUGUAAGGGAUUUUUUCGGCGCAGCCAGCAAAAUAAUGCCUCAUAUUCCUGCCCAAGGCAAAGAAAUUGUUUAAUUGAUAGAACAAACAGAAACAGAUGCCAACACUGCAGACUUCAAAAGUGUCUUGCCCUUGGAAUGUCUCGAGAUGCUGUAAAGUUUGGUCGAAUGUCCAAGAAACAACGGGACAGCCUGUAUGCAGAAGUACAAAAACACCAGCAGAGACUACAGGAACAGAGACAGCAGCAAAAUGGAGAGGCAGAAGCCCUUGCUCUUGUCUACACCAGCAGUAUCAGUAAUGGCCUCAGUAACCUCAAUAAUGAAAUUGGAGGUACAUACUCUAGCGGACAUAUAAUUGACUUGCCAAAAACAGAAGGGGUCAAUGCCUAUUACAGUGUGGACUCUACGCAGCCUUCUCCAGAUCAGUCAGGAAUGGACAUGGCUGGAAUAAAGCAGAUCAAACAGGAGCCAAUUUAUGAUGUGACACCUGUUCCCAAUUUGUUUACAUGUGACUCUUUUCCAGAGGGUCAGCUUGCACCUGGGGUAACUUUGACAGAAUUAGACCGAAUUGCACAGAAUAUCAUCAAGUCACAUCUGGAGACGUGUCAGUAUACUGUAGAAGAACUUCAACAGCUGGUAUGGCAGACUCACAGUUAUGAAGAAAUUAAAAUGUAUCAAAAUAAGACACGUGAAGUUCUAUGGCAGCAGUGUGCUAUUCAGCUUACUCAUGCUAUCCAAUAUGUGGUUGAAUUUGCUAAGAGAAUAACAGGUUUCAUGGAACUAUGUCAAAAUGAUCAGAUCCUCCUCCUUAAAUCAGGCUGUCUUGAAGUUGUAUUGGUAAGAAUGUGCCGUGCCUUUAAUCCGUUAAACAACACUGUACUCUUUGAAGGAAAAUAUGGAGGAAUGCAGUUGUUUAAAUCCUUAGGUUCAGAUGAUCUAGUAAGUGCAGCCUUUGACUUUGCAAAAAGUCUUUGUUCUCUUCAGCUUACUGAAGAGGAAAUUGCUUUGUUCUCAGCAGCAGUACUUAUAUCGCCAGAUCGACCGUGGUUAAUGGAACCAAGAAAAGUUCAGAAACUACAGGAAAAGAUCUAUUUUGCACUUCAGCAUGUAAUGCAAAAGAACCAUCUGGAUGAUGACACCCUUACAAAACUGAUCUCCAGGAUUCCAACCUUAUCUGCACUUUGCAAUCUACACACAGAGGAACUCCAGGCAUUCAAGCAGUUACAUCCUGAAACAGUGAAUAUGCUUUUUCCUCCACUGUACAAAGAACUGUUUAAUCCAGACUCUGCAACAGGUCCUAAGUAAAACAUACCUGUCAGAAUGCAAUAUUUAAAAAAAAAAAAAAAAAGCAAUCUGUGAAUGAAGACCAUAAGCAAUCACUACUGCAACAUUAGGAAUGUCCCUCACUUCUGGCAAAGUCAUUCACCGAUACAGUUUAAAGAAUGUAAAUAUGCGCCUAUGACAAGGGGCUCUAAAGAACUGACCAGAAAUGUACAGACUUAGAACAAUGUAUUGUUGGGGUAAGGGUUUUAAUUUUUAUUUUUUAAGUUUAUCUGAAUUGUAAUAUGGGAGUG